AUGGAUUAUUUCUACGUCAUGAAUAAAUGGAUAAAGAACAAUGGUUUCAUAGAGGAUCAGAUUACACAAUUCCCAGCAGGUAUUACUAAAUCGAACGUUUCACGGAGAGAAGAGCGAGAAAUCGGAUUACUUGAGCCAACAAAAUCAGAUUACUUCGAUCAGCAACCAAAAAAAGCAGCCCACUUCAAACACGGGAACUCGUUUCUUCGAGAGCCUCUCGCGCAAAUGCGAAAGAAGGAUGCUUUCUUAUACAAAUACGGAUUCGGAUCUCGCGAAAGUUUGUGGGUGACGCGAUCAAUCCGUGCGGCAAAAGACCCGACUGGGACAAGUGGACAAACUCUGUUCCAGCUUGAGAAUCUACAACAGAAGCUUGAAAAGAGUCCGUCUAUUCGCCGCUGUAUCAUAGCGUGCGAAGCCUGGCAUCGUGAGCUGCCUGUCGACACCGAACGACCCAAGUACGUCAACAAAGUCCCUGUAGUCAAAGCUAACGUAAUGCAGAGUUCUUGUCAAAGAUUCCAUGCUCGAUCUAUACUAAUGGCACAUCUUGGUUGUGCAAUGGCAGAGUUCUGA